AUGCCACUAGGGAUUGCCAUCAGCAAGAAGCUUGCCCGCGAUAGGGGCGUGAAGAAGGCUGACUUUGAGAAUGACGAUGAUGAUGAUGACCCGGAACAAUAUGAGAUCCCGGAUGACCUGGCGGCUAGCCACACUAGCAAGACUGCAGAAAAUUAUGGUGUCACCAUUGAUGUGCUAAAGCGCCUGACGGCAGAGUCGCUGGAGAUAUUUGGUCAGGUCAGCCACCGGUGGCACAAGUUCCUGGGACUCAUAGAGUUAGGGUUAUCACCGUCAUCAAAGCCAUCCCUAAAAAGGGAAUGUGCGGCGGACGCAGGAGGGCUGACGCCUAGAAAGCGGCCUAAAAUACUGCCUCUCGACAAGGCAGUCUCCGAAGUGGCUUCCGAGCAAGCCCUUCUAAAAGCUCUCCGGGCGGUUCUGCGGGAUGACCAUGCACAGUUCCGGACACCACAGCAAAAGGAGGCGGUGCGGCUGGCUGCAGCAAAGGAGACCCCGAUCGUCGCGAUCCUACCAACAGGCGGUGAGAAAAGCCUAGUCUUCAUAGUGCCAGCCAUGCUGUCCAGUUCUAAGGUCACAAUUGUAGUAGCACCAUACGCGGAGCUAAAACGGCAACUGGUCACCCGCUGCAUCGAUGCUGGGCUAGACUGCAAGCACUGGCCCGAGGCACAGGAGAGCUGGCCAAGGGUGGUACUAGUGUCAGCAGAAGCAGCCUCGAGUGAUGACUUCUUACAAUGGGCAGCAGACGUGGGUGUCCGGGGGAAGCUCGACCGGGUGGUGAUUGAUGAGUGUCAGCUUACGUUUACCGCAGCUGGCGAGUACCGAAGGAAGCUUCGGGGGUUGGUGCUCCUCCGUAACCUAGGGUGUCCGUUUGUGUUUUUGACUGGGACAUUGCCACCGCUCUGCCAGCAAGAAUUCGAGGAGGCCAUGCAACUGCAGAGCCCGCUUUACAUCCGCGCUUCUAGCCACCGUGUCAAUAUGGAAUAUUCGGUGGUUCGGGUGAAGAAUGGGCGGGGAGCGACAGAAGUUCAGAAGUUGGUUGAAUCCCGAGUGGCAGGGCUUGCCCCUGGAGAGAAAGGGGUCAUUUACUGCAACAGUCAUUUAAAAUGCAAGGUGCUGGCUCAGCGGCUAGGGUGCCACUAUUAUCAUGGCAAUCCUGCGGACAGCAACGCUCACUUCGUUGCCCAGCGAGAGGCUGGUUUCCAGGCGUGGCUCGGCGGGAUCUCACAUGUCCUUCACCUCGAAGCACCACAUUCCAUCAUUGACUAUGCGCAGGAAGCUGGACGUGCCGGAAGGGGUGGGGAGCGUGUUGUAGCUGUGGUGGUGAUUGAGGAGAAGGACUGGCCAGAGGAAGACGCGGCAAAGGACAGCUGCCUUGAGCUGAAACGGCGCGAGGUGAACAGCUUCAUCCGGACAAAGGGGUGUCGGCGUAGGAUCCUUGGGCGGUGCCUAGACAGUGACCUACGGGACUGCAAGGGGAUUGAAGCGGUGCUGUGCGAAAACUGCAGGCGACAGGAACUGGUCUGGAAGAGUGAGUUGUCUACGCAAGGGAUGAUUAUGUCUCAGGCGUACGGGCGAAAGGUGGCACGAGGGUUGGAGCAGAUGGAGUCGGCGCUAGAGGAAGUAAGGGAGCUUGGGCAGUGGGGUUGCCGGAUGUGCUGGAUGUUCAAGGGGGCGAAGGAGGCAAGAGGACACAAGUGGAUGGAGUGCACUGAGAUCGAGGAGUGCCUGAGUUUCCGAGGGUGCAUGGAAUUCCAGGGGAAGAUUAACUACCGACGGGACCGACAGGCGCAGUUUCUAAGCUGCUUCUACUGUCAUGUGUCGCAGCAGCUAUGCCGGGAUGGGUACAAGGGGGGAGGGAAAGGGUGUCAGUGGAAGCACGUUGUGAUACCAGCGGCGAUAGCAGCUACGACGGAGGAGGGGUUAUGGGCCCGGGUGCAAGAGCUCGCGGGGAGAGAGCUGCAGGAGGAGACGGAGUACGGGCGGUGGCUGGAGCAAAAGCAUCCCAAGUUGGUGUGUGGGCAGGAGAUGACGAAUGCAAUGGCGGUUUUCGAAUUGGUGUUGAGAUGGAGGGCUGAGAAGGGGGUUGGGAGGUAA